AUGUUUGGAAACCCGUAUAAUUCGCCUUCUCGUAAUGGGCAAGGUUAUCAGGCUCCUAAACCACCCGCGAAUUUUAGUAACAAUUACAUGAGACAACAGGGUUCCCAUCCUUCUUUACGCGAUCCUUUGCAGGGAGAAUCAGCUACCGUACCAGGCGGGUUCACAGAUGUUCCUCCUUUAAAUUAUCCUGCUACUCCACCACCUCAUAAUGGUAAUGCCUAUCAGCAAAUGACCCCACCACAGGCCGCAGCUGGUCUCUAUAUGUCCAAUAACAAUUCAUCCAGUCAUUUGCAAUCUGUGCCGCAACCAAUGCCCCAAUUUUCACCCAGUCAAUAUUCUACGGGAUCGGAUUAUAGUCAGAAUAUCAACAGAAGUGGCUCUAGUAGCCCAUUGCAUCAACCACAACAGAUUAUGUCACAGAACAGUCCUGUGAGAGGCGCUAGAAAUCAAUUGCAAUCACCACAGCAUCAGAAUCAACCACCUCUUUUCCCACCGCCAAAGACACAACAAGCAAAUGGCCAAUCGAACUAUAUGUAUUUUGAGAGGAGACCUGAUCUAUUGACGAAUACGACACAAGAUAAAGCUGCCGCAGUUAAAUUGAAAGUAGAGAACUUUUAUCAAUCCUCAGUCAAGUAUGCCAUUGAGAGAAAUCAGAGACGUGUUGAGUUGGAGAGUAGUUUGAGCGUACAGGAUUGGUCCGAAGAGAGAAGGUCUCGUGAACUAACAUCUCUCGGUAGGAAAGAAUCGCAGUUCUUGCGUCUGAGAAGAACCAGGUUAUCGUUAGAAGAUUUCCACACGGUUAAAGUCAUUGGUAAAGGUGCAUUUGGUGAAGUGAGACUAGUGCAAAAGAGAGAUACAGGAAAGAUCUAUGCGAUGAAGACCUUGUUGAAGUCCGAAAUGUACAAGAAGGAUCAAUUAGCGCACGUAAAAGCCGAAAGAGACGUUCUCGCAGGGAGUGAUUCACCAUGGGUUGUUUCGUUGUAUUACUCGUUUCAGGAUACGCAGUACUUGUACUUGAUUAUGGAGUUCUUACCGGGUGGUGAUUUGAUGACAAUGUUGAUAAGAUGGCAACUAUUUACAGAGGAUGUGACGCGUUUUUAUAUGGCAGAAUGUAUCCUUGCUAUCGAGGCGAUCCAUAAGCUUGGGUUCAUUCACAGAGACAUUAAGCCAGAUAAUAUCCUGAUAGACAUUCGCGGUCACAUCAAGCUAUCGGAUUUUGGGUUAUCCACUGGGUUUCACAAGACACACGAUUCGAACUAUUAUAAAAAACUAUUGCAACAAGAAGAAGGAAAAGCGGCUCAAAGUCCCAACCAGGAUAAGAGCAAUCGCCAAACGAUGAUCGUUGAUGCUAUUCACUUAACUAUGUCGAAUCGUCAGCAAAUCCAAACGUGGCGUAAGUCUCGUCGUCUGAUGGCGUAUUCAACAGUGGGAACACCGGACUAUAUCGCACCAGAAAUUUUCCUAUACCAGGGUUAUGGUCAAGAAUGCGAUUGGUGGUCUCUGGGAGCGAUCAUGUACGAGUGUUUAAUCGGUUGGCCACCAUUUUGCUCAGAAACUCCACAAGAAACGUACCGCAAGAUCAUGAAUUUCGAGCAAACGUUACAAUUCCCAGAUGACAUCCACAUCUCGUAUGAAGCAGAAGAUCUGAUACGAAGAUUACUCACACACGCCGACCAACGGUUGGGUAGACAUGGUGGAGCCGACGAGUUAAAGAGCCAUCCAUUCUUCCGCGGUGUCGAUUGGAAUACAAUUCGUCACGUAGAGGCGCCAUAUAUUCCAAAGCUAAGCUCAAUUACAGACACAAGAUUUUUCCCAACAGAUGAGUUGGAGAACGUACCGGAUUCUCCAGCAAUGGCACAGGCUGCUAAACAACGUGAACAAAUGAUCCAACAAGGUGCAAACCCCGGUGGAGCGCCAGCCAAAGAGGACUUACCUUUCAUUGGAUACACUUACUCGCGGUUCGAUUACCUCACACGUAAAAAUGCUUUAUAA